AUGGCCGACGAACAGCCCCAACCCCGCAACCGCAGGGAACGCCGCGCCGCCGCCAAAGCCUCCGGCGCACCUCUCUCCUCCGCCAAAGCACCCAAGUCCACUGCAUCCAAACUCGACUUCUCCAAAUCCGCACCCGAUGGCGCCGCCACCGAAAACGACCUCGGCAUCCCCAUGGCGCUACCUGACUUCUCCGGGCCGAAGGGCAAGACGCUAUACGAGAUCGCCGAGGAGCGCAUGCGCGAGCUGGCCAAGUCCGGGAAAGACGUGUCGAGCCUGGAAGGGGAGGAGGUCAAUUUCCCCGUCGAUGGCAAGGGGCAAGCCGUGCGGGUGUCGCCGGCGUCCGAAGAGGAUGACAUCGGCCCCGUGGGCGAGGCGAUUCUGUACGCCUUCACCAUGACGACGCUGCACUUCACGCUCGACGUGCUCGUGCACAACCAGUACCGCGAGGAUAUGGACUGGAUCGAGAUCUGGAGCAGGACUGCGCAGGUCGCGCCCAUAUUGUGGUUCGUGGUCUACUGUUUCAAGACGCCGACGGUGAUGCGCUUCCCUACGCUGCGGCAGUGCAUCUUUUUCGUAGCCGCCGUGGCGGCGGGGUGCUAUUGUGUUUAUAUGGGCAAUAUGUUUGGAUAUUAUGCAGUCAUGAAGCAGGCGCCGCCGGUGGGUGUGCUGUGGAUAUGGGCGGUUGUGGAGAUGCAAUUGCCUUACGCUGCGACCAGCGUAGCGGCUGUGCUGGGAUACACGUGGUGGAAUAAAUUUGGGCUAUACUGA